AUGCCCGAGUUCUUGGCUGUGUGUCUGACCUGCGACUGCGACACCAACAUGACAGUGGACGUGACCGUUCACGUGAAGAAGGUGGCGAGCCGCUUGCUGCUGUCGCUGUUCAGCCCGUACUGGAUCAUCAACAAGACGUCUCGAGUGCUGCAGUACAGAGCCGAGGACGUCAGUGUCAAACACCCCGCCGACUUCCGAGACAUCAUCCUGUUCUCCUUCAGGAAGAAAAACCUCUUCAGUAAAAGCAAG